AUGUUUACAUUUCAAAGGUUAUUAGGACGUUUUCUUGGACAAGUGGAUAAUGUUGAUAAUUCAAAAUUGGUUAUUGAUCAUCAAAAUUUAGCCACACCAAAAAAUCGAACUAAAUAUCAUCAUUCAACUAUACGUGAUGCUACGACAAUCAAAGAUUCAUCAUCAUCAUCAAUUGUUGUCGUCGGUUUAACGACAAAUCUUCGAACAAAUGAAACAGUACAUCGUUCACAUUCAUUAUCAAAAUCAUCAACAUCACGUAGAAAUAAAUCAAUUGAAGCUAUUAAAUCAGCAUCCUGUUUAACAUGUGGUAUCAAUACAAAUAAAGCCGAUGAUAAUAAUAGUCCAUCUGAAAAACUAUCGAAUGAUUUUCGAAUACCAAAACAUCCACUUAAUAAUGUUGUUCCUAAAAGACGAGCACAAACAAAAUUAAUUAUAAUUAGGCAUGGAGAACGAGUUGACGCAAUAUUUGGAGAUAAUUGGCUAUCAAAAGCAUUUGAUCAAGUUGGAAAUUAUAUUCGUUAUGAUCCAAAUCUUCCCUCAUCACUACCACAUAGAAAUAAUUUGAAUGAUUAUUUAUUUGAUCCACCUCUCACUGAAAUUGGUUUAAUGAGAUCAUAUCGAACAGGUGAAGCACUUCAUCGAGCAGGUUUAAAUAAAAUUGAUUAUUGUUAUAGUAGUCCAGCAUUAAGAUGUAUUCAAACGGCAAAUUCUAUGUUAGAUGGUAUGAAAUUACGAACAACUAUUCCUAUUCGAGUUGAAUUAGGAUUAUUUGAAUGUGGUUUAUGGCAUAAAAAUUUUCCACCAAUAUUUAUGCCCAUAAAUGAAUUAGUAUUAAAUCGAUUUAAUAUUGAAAUAUCCUAUGAUAGUGUUAUGAAAUGUUUAACAACAAAUGAAGAUGAAUUAUCAUAUUAUUUACGUAGUUAUCAUGUAAUGAAAAAAAUUCUUAGUCGUCAUUUAUCAGAAGAAUUGACAAUUUUAUUUGUUGGUCAUGCUCCAUCACUAGAAACUCUUACAAGAAAAUUAGUAGGUGCAGAACCGAGACCCUAUGAAUUAACGACAAUAAGUCAAAAAAUUAAUUAUUUAAGUUUAACAGUUGUUGAAGGUGAAAAAGACAAUUGGACAUUUGUAGAUGCAAUACUCUCACGUUAA